AUGAAAAGAAAAGCACUGGCCAGUCAAGCUAAUAAUGAACAUAAAAAUAAACUUAUGAAGAGAAGUUUAAAUAAUCAACAACGUCAACAUGAUGAUAAAAUGAUGUUAACAGGUAUUGAUGGUUCAAUUAAUAAUAAUGAUAGAAAAUCUGAAACUGUCAAAAAGAAAUUAAAAUCUCUUUUAAAAGCCAUUACUGGAAAUCCAAGAUAUAACAAUAGAAGAAGAUUAAAUCGUUAA